CCUCCGAGGGCUUCGACAAAACAAAUCGCUGUAAUGAAACUGAAGCAGAAAAGAAACUCAGCCAGCGCCGACAUUAUCACAAUGUGUAUCAUACGGAUCAGGCGGUGAUUUAGCUAACGACCCGGGGAACUAAUGUUGGCUAAAUAACCAGCCUUUUUUUUUUAUUGUUUUAACACCAUGAAUUUAAGAGGACUGUUUCAGGACUUCAAUCCAAGUAAGUUUCUGAUCUACUCCUGCCUGCUGCUGUUCUCCGUGUUGCUGUCCUUGAGGCUGGAUGGGGUCAUCCAGUGGAACUACUGGGCUGUGUUCACCCCGAUAUGGCUGUGGAAGCUGCUGGUCAUCAUUGGGGCCUCUGUGGGCACUGGAGUCUGGGCACACAACCCCCAGUACAGGGCUGAAGGGGAAACAUGUGUGGAGUUCAAAGCCAUGUUGAUCGCGGUGGGGCUCCACGUUCUGUUGCUGAUGUUCGAGGUGUUAGUGUGCCACCGCGUGGAGAGAGGAAACUACUUCUGGCUUCUCGUCUUCAUGCCGCUCUUCUUCGUGUCGCCUGUUUCUGUAGCAGCCUGCGUCUGGGGGUUUAGACACGACCGCUCCCUCGAGCUGGAGGUGUUGUGUUCAGUAAAUAUCCUCCAGUUCAUCUUCAUUGCGCUGAGGCUGGACAGGAUCAUCAACUGGCCUUGGCUGGUGGUGUGUGUCCCGCUGUGGAUCCUGAUGUCCUUCCUGUGCCUUGUUGUCCUCUACUACAUCAUCUGGUCUGUCCUCUUCCUCCGCUCCAUUGACAUCAUUGCAGAGCAACGGCGAACUCACAUUACCAUGGCAAUCAGCUGGAUGACCAUCGUUGUGCCCCUUCUCACCUUUGAGAUCCUCCUGGUGCACAAGCUGGACGGCCACAACAGUCUGAGCUACGUAUGUGUGUUUGUCCCGCUCUGGCUCUCGCUGCUCACGCUCAUGGCCACCACGUUUGGGCAGAAGGGAGGGAACCACUGGUGGUUUGGAAUCCGUAAGGACUUCUGCCACUUCCUGUUGGAGCUCCUCCCCUUCCUGCGCGAGUACGGUAACGUGUCCUACGACCUCCAACGCAGCGAGGACCCUGAGGCGGCUGAGGAUCUGCCCAUCCCCGAGCCGCCGCCAAAGAUUGCCCCCAUGUUCCACAAGAAGACCGGCGUGGUGAUCACACAGAGCCCCGGGAAGUACUUCGUCCCGCCGCCUAAACUCUGCAUCGACAUGCCUGACUAAUCUCAGAGCUGAAGUGGGGUGGGGGGGUGCUGUGCUCAGGUGUUCGAGUCACGGAGCCGAAACAGCAGAGCACACUGUGUUUGGUUUUUAUCUGCUGGCCUGAAGGAUUUUGCUCCCCUCCCCUAAACUCUGCAUCAGCAUGGCGGGCUGGGGUGACACACAAGUGCCAAUAUGGCGAUGGAGAACUAAUGGAUCCAGAAUCGUCACGUUGGUUUCACUGGCUGUUGAAGCAAAGACCUGGAGGAUUAAAUCAUGGAGCCAGAACAGCAGACUGCUUUCUUUCUCACCUGUAGGUGAAGUUUCACUGUGUUCCUUACUCCCAGUUUUAUCCGUUCUGAAGAAGCGUCUCACAUCAGGGGAAACCGAAGCGCUGGACCUGCGUGGACUUUAAACAUUUGACUCUAUAACAGCAGUAGAUGUUUGCUUUAGGUUCAAAGAGUGUCUGAAUCAAAGGUGACGCUUGCCUUGCUUUGUGAUGGGGACCAUUGGAGAGGCGCUCUGGCUUGAAUUUGGGAUCAGUGUACCCUUAUUGCUGUGUGUUCUCACAUUUGACCAUGCAGGUGGAGAAAACAAGCGCGGUGGGGUCAAAGGGAAGGGUCAGAUUUAUUCAGGUCUGUCUUGGUCAAAUGCUCACAUGCUGCCCCUGUGGACAGUGAAAGAGUUAUUAUCCCUCCUGCUCAUACUGGCUGUGAAGUGAUGCCAUCCUAAUGUGAUUCUGAUCCUCAGUUCUUGCUGUACGUAGAAACGUAUUCAAAAGUGCAGCCACACCGGAGCAUCUCUGAAGUGACAGUCCUGUCAGUACGAUUCCCUCUAGGGCCGUAACCAACGCUUGUUUUAAUCGUUGGUUAACCUGUCGAUUAUUUUCUCUGUUAAUCGAUUUAGUUGUUUGGCCUGUAAAAUGUCGAUCAGUGUUUCCCAAAGCCCAAGAGGACGUCUUCGGAUAUCUUGUUUUGUCCACAACCCAAAGAUAUUCAGUUUACUAUCAUAAAGGAGUACAGAAAUCAGAAAAUAUUCACAUUUAAGAAGCUUGACUGCUGGAGCCUCUUUAGCUUCAGCUGGAAGUCAGAAUGCAUCAUUAUAAGGACACUUGAUUUUGUCCCACGUUUCUUACAUUAGUGUUGAGCUUCAUGGCCAGUGUGGACAGAGAGAACGUUUACAGCAAUCAUUAACUCCUUUAAUGUACAGUACUUUGGGCAGAUCUGAACUAAUCUGAGCAUUUUCUUUAAAAAGAGAACAAUGGAAAUGGCACUUUGUAAAACCUGUCUGACCUGUCAGUUUUUUGUAUUCCUGUUUUUGUUGUUGAUGUAAAUAUCGGAAGUUGUUAAGUUAGGGACCAGAGUGGAGACGGCAGGGUUUGAAGGUGGGAGGCAGGGGGGGGGAAAGUGUAUUUGCAAACAAUCAUCCACUCCUGUUUCAAUGUAACAACCAUCUGUGCAAAUGCUCAGAGGUCACCAUAUUCAAUGAAGACAGAGUCAAACCGGUUGCGAACCACCGAAUAAGCUUCUCAAUUCCCUUUCUGGUUUGUCCAAAACUUUCUGCCAUUCGUAAUUGCACGGUAUCUCCCAUGUGAGACACCUAAUUCAAUAAAUACAUGUUUGGGGCCCUGUAACAAAUGGUGUAUUUGGGGGGCCGUGCUUUGCCAUCUGCUUGUUUAAAUAGAAAAAAUAAUAAUCCUACACAUUGGCUUUAACUAGUUUAUUUUUUUUUUAUCCACAUGUGAGUAGUGAAACUCCUGCGAUUCCCUGUCUGUGUGCGCACAUUGCCAGAUUUCCUCACUUUCUCAAGUUACUCAGAGUAAAACUACGUCUCUUGUGUUAUUUUUGUUGGACAGGCUGACUGCUGGAGUGUCCAGCAUGCUGUGUGUACAUUUAUUUUCUACAUAUUGUCUUUUUUUCCCAUUAAAUUGGUCUGAUUUGCUCAUUACUCUGCUGUCUAAUGCUGCACGUAGAGCAACCUGAGGUUCUCCUGGUGAUGGCUGGUGGAUUUCCAGCAAGCACCAGACAUUGUCCACAUAUUUAUUUUAGAAUUCAACUGAGGAAAAAUACAAAUCCAGCCUUAAACCGCAUGAUGUCAUAAUGUUACGUCAGUCAUUUGCAUCAAAUCAUGUGAUGUACUUGAUUUACCAGUCUCAAGUGCAGUAGCGGUAAUGGAUGACUUCCUGCACUGCAUCACAUACUCAGGCUACAGUCGGUGUUUCUUCUUCUUGCCUGCGUUUGGCCAGUCGUCCACAUGAGGUAGAAGAAGGAUACUGAUUAGUGGCUGCUGUGAGUUUUCAUGUGCAGGGUUAUAAGUCUCCUUCAGCUUCUGCACAUUGAGCAUAUCAAAUGUAGUCAGAAUGAUGCGCUGAUGUUGUUUACUGAAAACAGCUGGGUCAAGUAAAAUGUUUCAGUUAAUUAGCUGCAUAAACUUUGCACAACCAGCA